ACAAGUGGUUCUGUCAAGAUGUUGAGGGUAUUGCUAUUCGUGGGUUUCUUCAAUGUUAUUGUCAAAGGUUAUUCUUGGGCACGUAUCAGCGAUGAAUCUGACAGUGAUGAGAUAGUCGGAGGUCAUGAGGUGGACAUCGAGCAGUUCCCUUAUCAAGUGAGUCUGGUGUACUUGGAGUCCAAUGUGUGGAACCUUCACUGUAGCGGGUCCAUCAUCAGUGAAGAAUACGUGCUGACGGCAGCCCACUGCCUUAGCAUAAGUCCUACAAGCUAUAAAAUCAGAGCAGGUAGCACCUCUUUCUCUGAAGGCGGUGUACUUUAUAACAUCUUGUCAUUUACCCCACACCCGAAAUACAAGGAUGACUACGAUGUGGGGGUAAUCAAGACUGAAAGGAUGACCAUAAAUGGUGUGACGACGAAAAUUGUCCAGUUGGCCGCGUCUGGCAGCGCAUUGGAACCGGGACAAAAUAUACUUGUCUCAGGAUGGGGAUACACAGAGAAUGAUGCUGUAUCAAGAGUGUUAAAAGCAGUGUCCCUACCUGUCAUCGGACGUAAGAAAUGUCGACAAAUGUUUAACGAAAUUCCCAAACCUAACGUAUUACCUAGCAUUACCGAGCGAAUGAUAUGCGCAGGAGUCGACGAGACCGGCCAGAGUGCUUGCCACGGUGAUUCUGGCGGUCCAGCAGUUGACGAAGACAGCUUGGUGCAAUACGGCAUUGUGUCUUUCGGGGAUCCUGGAUGCAUGGACCCCGCCAUACCUAACGUGUACACCAACGUUCCUGCCCUCCGGGACUGGAUUAAACAACAAACAGGAGUUUAAAAAAGCCUGAGGAUUAUUAAAUAUCUUCUUAUGACGAUGCUUUUGUAUUA